UUAGCUGAUUAAAAUCGGUGUAAUUCAAUUUUUCCCACAACCAGAAUCGCCUAUACUAGUUCAAAUAACUUGUGAAGGACGGUGUAAGUGCACUCCAAGAUCUCGGGAAUGAAUCAAGACCUUACACUGUUCGAUAGUUGAGCUCCUCUGGAAUACACAGACGGAAGGCUUUUUUUACAAGUCCCCUCACAUACAAUUAGACAUUAUGAGAUUGACGUUGCUAGGCAGAACUGAAUCGAUGGCUAAUUUCAGAGUAGCUUUGAAAGCACUGUCCGUAGCGGAGCUUGUAGGAAAUGGAAGGGGUUGUUAUAGACGGUUGGCUUCGAUUUCAUUGCGCUCGUUUGCCUCCUAUGUAUGCCCAUCUUCCAGGGCUAUUAUUUAUGAGGAACAUGGUCCUCCUGACAAAGUUACCAGAUUGGUUGAACUCCCUGUAUGCGAUCUUAAGGAGAAUGAAGUGUGUGUAAAAAUGCUUGCUGCUCCUAUCAAUCCAUCAGACAUCAAUAGAAUAGAAGGUGUUUACCCAGUGCGCCCCCCACUGCCUGCAGUUGGAGGCUAUGAAGGAGUUGGAGAAGUAAAGGCUUUGGGAUCUGGCGCGAAAUAUCUUUCUAUCGGUGACUGGGUUAUCCCAUCACCUCCAUCAUUUGGAACCUGGCAGACAUGCAUUGUAAAGGAGGAGAAUGCGUGGUGUAAGGUUCCCAAAGAUGUACCAGCAGAGUAUGCUGCUACUGUCUCUGUUAAUCCCUCAACAGCCCUUCGUAUGCUUGAAGAUUUUGUAUCACUGAAAGCUGGAGAUGUGGUGGUGCAAAAUGGGGCAACAAGCAUGGUGGGUCAAUGCGUAAUUCAACUAUCAUACCUACGGGGCAUUCAGACAAUAAACAUAAUCAGAGACAGGCCAGACUUGGAUGAUGUUAAGCAGAGACUCAAGGAAAUGGGUGCAGGGAAGGUGUUUUCAGAGAGUGAAUUGGAAGUGAAGAAUGUUAAGAGUCUUCUGGGCGAUCUAUCCGAACCCAUCCUUGGCUUUAAUUGUGUUGGUGGCAAUGCUGCAUCUUUAGUCUUAAAAUUCUUAAGGCAAGGUGGGACAAUGGUGACGUAUGGUGGGAUGUCAAAGAAGCCAAUCACAGUUUCUACCUCAUCAUUUAUUUUCAAGGAUCUACACUUGAGGGGAUACUGGAUGCAGAAUUGGGUGAACUCGCAUACAUCGAAUGAAUUCAAGACCAUGACAGAUUACUUGUUAAGACUAGUGAGGGAUGGACUGCUGAAAUAUAAAACGGAAACAGUCCCCUUUCAAGAUUUUGAUGCAGCUUUACAAAAGGCACUUGGUAAACAAGGCCAUUUCUCCAAGCAAGUUCUUAUGUUCGACAAAUAGGAGUCACUUUUUAUAAAUUGACUAUCCUUAAAGUACAAUUUUGUUCAUACACUAGCUAUAAUUUCCCCUUAGUUGUGCAUGUUUAUGCUGUAAUCACCAUGUUUACAUGUGCCUUACUCCGGCACAAUAUUAAUGCAAUUUACGGUUCAUUGGAUCCAAGAAUUUAAGCUGCAUCUGUAAAAAUGACUAGAAGAUCCAACACCUAUGUCCUAUUGAUUUGGAUACUUUUGGAUACAAUCUUGUUUAUUAAUCUCCAAUCAAAACAUGAAUAUUGUAGAUAAUAUCUUACCCAUGAAAUAAUGAGACAAGCAACAUUAUACAGGUGUACUUA